AUUGCAUCUCAGUCAUUCUCUUUGAGGCAAGCAGAUCUCCUGAGCAAUCGUCACCAUGAGUUAUUCCGAGCACGGGUCCCGCAAGAGUGGAGGAUUUGGUGGAGCAUAUGGUGGGAUGAGAGGAUCUAACAGUGUGAGCGGUGCAAGUGGCUACAGAUCACGCUUCAUCAGUAACACGAGCGGUUUUGGGGGUGCUUUUUCCAGCUCCAGUGCCUCUCGCAUUAUGAAGUCCACUGAUAUUUACAGCACUGCACAAAAGAGCUUUUCACUUGGAGGUGGCUUUGCCAGUGAAGCUGGAGGCGGAGGUGAAGGUGGCUUUGACGCUUCAGCCAAUCAGAAGGCUAUGAGGAACCUGAACGACCGUCUGGCCACCUACCUGGAUAAGGUGCGAAAACUUGAGCAGGCCAACGCUGAGCUGGAGCUCAAGAUCCGCCAGUUCUUGGAGAGUAAGUCCUCCCCCACUGCCAGAGACUACUCAGCUUUUGAGGCCACCAUCGCUGAUCUGCAGGGAAAGAUCCAGGAAGCCACCAGAAUCAAUGGAAGCAUCUAUCUGUCUAUUGACAAUGCAAAAGUGGCAUCAGACGACUGCAAAAUCAAGUGGGAGAAUGAGCUAGACAUGCGUCAAUUACGGGAGGAUGACAUCGCCGGUCUGACGAGAGUGUUGGAUGAGCUGACCAGAUCAGACCUGGAGAUGCAGAUUGAAGGCCUCAGGGAGGAGCUGAUCUUCCUCAAGAAGAACCAUGAGGAGGAAUUAGCACUCAUGAGAAACCAGAUAACUGGACAGAUCAACGUUGAGGUGGACGCAGGGAGACAACCAGACCUGUCCCUCGUUAUGUCAGAAAUCCGUGAGCAGUAUGAGGCUGUGGCCGCCAAGAAUGCGAAAGACCUUGAAGCCUGGUACCAAACAAAGUCGGAGGAUCUGAACAAGGAGGUGGCAGCCAGCACAGAAGUUCUCCAAACAACAAAGACAGAAAUUACUGAGCUACGUCGAACACUGCAGGGCCUGGAUAUCGAGCUACAGUCCCAACUCAGCAUGAAAGGGUCACUUGAAGGCACUUUAGCUGAGACAGGGGGAUGGUAUUCCAUGCAGUUACAAAGCCUACAGAGCCAAGUGACGGCGCUGGAGCAACAGCUAACGCAAAUGCGUGCUGAGACGGAACGCCAGGGCCAAGAAUACCAAAUGUUGCUCGACAUCAAGACACGGCUGGAGAUGGAGAUCGCAGAAUACAGAAGGCUGUUGGACGGAGAGGGCGCCAGUGCCAGUGGUUCAGCAGCAGCAGCAGAGGAAUAUAAGGACAACCAGCUGGUCUCCAAAUCUACCGGUAGCACCUGAUCUGUCUCGCACAGAAAAAGCAACACAUUGGGCCACACCUCAGGACCGCCAUCACAACACAUGAUCCCAACACAUUCUUUGCAUAGACAUGUGAAUGCAAUAAAAGGCUGCCAGUUUGCUGACU